UUCAUUCACCUCUCCUCAUCGACUCACUUCUUCCCCAAUCCUCUUCUCAAAUCUCUACCGCUGUUUAUGUGCUGCAAUGGAUUACGAGUAUGCUUGAUUUCGCUUGUCUGUUAGUCAAUUACUUUUUUCUUUUUCGCAGCUUGACUUUGGUUUCUUCGGCGAUGGAAAUGGGGAAGAAAAAGAAAUAAUAUUGAAUUCCGUGGUGUGUGAUCACAACAAGUACAACAACUAGCAUGAAUUUCUUCUGAUGGGUUGUCUCAACACUAAACCUGCUAGGCAUACCCCCGGCUACGAGGAGCCCUCUGUUCUUGCUGCCGAGACACCCUUCACAGUGAGUGAAGUCGAGGCUUUGUAUGAACUGUAUAAGAAAAUAAGCAGCUCCAUAAUCGAUGAUGGCCUCAUUCACAAGGAAGAAUUUCAGUUUGCGCUCUUCCGGAACCAAAACUGUAGAAAUCUGUUUGCAGACAGGGUAUUCGACGUGUUUGACUACAAGCGCAACGGAGUGAUUGAGUUUGGAGAAUUCGUUCGAUCAUUGGGCGUGUUUCACCCCAAUGCACCUUCGGCAGACAAAGUCGCUUUUGCGUUCAGAUUGUACGAUCUGAGGGGCACCGGCUACAUCGAGUGGGAAGAGUUGAAAGAAAUGGUGUUGGCGCUAUUACACGAAUCUGAGCUGGAACUCUCCGAGGAUGUUGUCGAAAUGAUUGUGGACAAGACAUUUUCGGAAGCGGACAGCAAAAAAGACGGAAAGAUCGACAUGGAAGAGUGGAAAGAAUUCGUGUCGAAAAAUCCUUCUCUGAUGAAGAACAUGACUCUUCCAUAUCUCAAGGAGAUGACCGUAGCAUUUCCUAGCUUUGUGGUGCACACACAAGUCGAAGACCUCCAAAUAUAACACACAGUAAUUUUAUUUUUGUCCAAAUAUAUGUACAUACUUUACUUACACACUAUUACAGUUAUUAUUAUGAGGUUAGUUUGUUUGUAAUUUGUUAAAUGUUAAGAGAGAAUUGAUGUAAAUUAGCUAUUAUUAUUAUUAUUAUUAUUAUUAUGUUUAAAUUUGAAAAGUCGAAUUUAAAUUCGCCUCAUACAAUUA